AUGUGGAUGUCAAAGUCCCACCGGAUUAUUCUCCUCCUCGUCAUCGAUUCCAUGUUCUUCCUCCUCGAACUAAUUGUUGGUUAUUCUGUACACUCGCUGGCAUUGAUAGCGGAUUCUUUUCAUAUGCUUAAUGAUGUUCUAUCACUAUGCGUUGGACUUGGGGCUGUCAAGGUUGCAAACCGGAAGACAAGCUCGAAGAUAUAUACCUAUGGGUGGCAACGAGCAGAAACACUUGGCGCACUGGUAAACGGCGUAUUCCUCGUCGCGUUGUGUCUCUCAAUCUUCCUCGAAGCUAUCCAACGAUUGGUCGAACCGCAAGAGGUUAGAAACCCCAAACUAAUCUGUGUUGUUGGCUGCUUCGGCCUUUUAUCCAACUUUUUUGGGUUGGUGCUUUUCCACGAGCACUCGCAUGGUCAUGACGGACAUUCUCAUGGGCAUAACACGGAGGAGGCGGUGGAUACGGCAGAGCAGGGCUAUGCACAGGAAGUCAGUAGAGAAGCGAUGAGUGAUGAAUCCGGAACCGUCGUUAGUGCAGUGUCAGGAAAUGUAGCCGCCAACCGAUUCGAGGUGGAGCGUGGGGCUACGAAGCAAAAGGGCAGUGUAGAGAAUGGUGUAUCCAAUCCUGCCAGGAAGCGCUCCAACUCUCGUCGGUUCAGUUCAUCGGGACCAAGGGCAUUCCGCGAUGCAGAAGAUAUCCAAAUCCACCCUGCCAUUCUACGUCGGGAUAUCAUCGAAGCCAGUCGCUUUGACGACGAGACAUUUUCCGAAUCAGAUACGGAAUCAAACCGUUCUACUUCAGAACGAACGGGAUUACUUGAUGGACGCAAUGGGGCUACGUAUUCUACAACAAACGUCACACAAGGAGCAGCAAGCCAACCGUCCAAAGACCCGCAUAAGGACCUGCAUGACGCGCACAACCACGCCAAACCAAAGUCCACCGAGGGCAAAAAGGGCCAUUCCCACUCCGACCUUAACAUGCGUGGCAUUUUCCUCCAUGUCGUAGGUGACGCAUUGGGCAACAUCGGUGUCAUCGCCUCAGCUCUCAUAAUCUGGCUGACAAACUACUCCUGGCGCUUCUAUGCGGACCCGGCAAUCUCCCUGGUCAUCACCGUCAUAAUCCUCGCCUCCGCCAUCCCACUCUGCAAAGCCGCAUCGCGCAUCCUCCUCCAAGCCGUCCCUGCUGACUUAAGCAUCGACCACAUCAUAGAAGACAUCCAGGAUCUCCCCGGCGUCCUGAGCUGCCACCACCUGCACGUCUGGCAGCUUAGCGACACAAAACUCGUCUGCUCGUUGCAUAUACAGGUUAGCCAUGAUAUCAAGGGCGAAGGGUCGGACAGGUAUAUGGAGCUAGCGCGGCAGGUGCGCAGGUGUCUGCAUGCGUAUGGGAUCCAUUCGUCAACGAUUCAGCCGGAGUUUUAUCCUGGUAGCGACGCUGAUGAAACGUCUCGUGUGGGAUCGUCUCAUUCUCUGGCUGCUCAGGGUGGGCAGUGUGGCACUGCUCGACAACGCGGUCCUGGUACGUGUGUUGCUGGUGCCAACUGCCUGCUUGAGUGUGGGGUUGAGUGCGCGGCUGGUCGACAGUGUUGUCCUGGUGGCAAGUAG